CUACGUUUUACUAAAGCCGAGGAAACGCCUUUGACAAUCAACGCGGCCGCAUGCCUCGUAGCUGACACACAGCCUUUCCUCCUUUAACAGGAUUACAUACGUGAAGUCGACACUUGAAAUCCAGCAAGAAGACAAAAGUAGAAGAAGCAAAAUAGGCAAUGCCCACAAAAUGGAUGCUGCUGAAGAGACUGAAAAGUAUCCCGAUAGGCUACAGUGGCCUGCCUCAUCCUCCCUGUCCAUGAAAAGUGAUGUCUCCAUGGAGGUUCGUCAUGAUUUCAACAAAGAAGAUGCAGACAGUUCAAUUAAUGUUCAAAAAUCCAACUCAUCCUUUGUGUCCAUGGAAGGUGACGUCCCCAUGAAGGUUCGUCAUGACUUUGCCAAGGAAGAUUCUAAAAGGGACCAACUUGACUGUUCAGAAUUGAAAGAGAUGGAUGGCAAUGCCGUGUUUAAGUUGGUGGAGGAACACGCCAAGAACAUUUUGCUGAGUGAACUAAAAAGAUAUAAAAGAAUUCUCUUUCCACACCUAUCGCAAUCUAUUGAGAGUGACAAGCAGGAUGAAGACUGUUUGACUGCUGAAGACAAAAAACAAGACAACAGUGCCAGUGAGGGGGUUCUUAAGAUCACACUACAUGUCUUUAAGGAUAUGGGCCAAAGAGAGCUCGCUAACAAACUGGAGAAACACAUUUAUGGUGAGCUUGAUGUCUGCCAGCGCAAACUCAGACACAAACUGAAAAAGUUUGAAUACAUUUAUGAGGGAGUUGCACAGCAUGGGAACCAGACACUUCUUAACAAGGUGUACACGGAGCUCUACAUCACAGAGGGAGUCAGUGGAAGUGUUAAUAAAGAACAUGAGAUCAGGCAGAUUGAGGCUGCAACCAGAAGGAGAGCAACAGAAGAUAAACCGAUCAAAUGUGAAGACAUCUUCAAGCCCCUACUCGGCCAAGACAGAUUCAUCAGAACCGUGCUGACUAAAGGAAUUUCUGGCAUUGGAAAGACCAUCUCUGUACAGAAGUUCAAUCUGGAAUGGGCAGAGGGACGAGUUAACCAGGAUAUCCAACUUCUAAUGAAUCUUCCGUUUCGGGAGCUGAAUCUGAUGAAGGGGAGACGCUACACACUGACGCAGCUCCUUCAUCAUUUUCUUGCAGAGGCAAAAGAAUCAGGAAUUUCAAAUUUCGACAAAUACAAGCUUGUGCUGAUAUUUGAUGGGUUGGAUGAGUGCCGUCUCCCCCUGGACUUCGACCACAACGAGCCCUGCUGCAGUGCCUCGGAGCCUGCUUCAGUGGAUGUACUGCUGACAAAUCUCAUAAAGGGGAACCUGCUACCCUCUGCACACCUCUGGAUCACCUCCAGGCCUGCAGCUGCAGAUCGCAUUCCAGUUUGUCUUGUUGACCGUGUGACAGAGAUACGAGGGUUUAACAAUCCCCAGAAGGAAGAGUACUUCAGGAAAAAAAUCUCUGAUGAAAACAUGGCCAACAGAGUCAUCUCACAUGUGAAGUCAAUUAGGAGCCUCCAUAUCAUGUGUCACAUACCAGUCUUCAGCUGGAUAUCUGCCACCGUUUUGCAGAGGAUUUUAGAAGAAACUGAAAGGAAGAUACCAGAGGAGGAUGUGGGCAGAGGAGAAAUGCCAAAGACUCUGACACAAAUGUACACACACUUUCUGGUAUACAACUCUUUGAUCACAACUCAGAAGUAUUCAGCGGGACAAGAGGCAUCAGAAACACAGUCUCAGGACAAAAUUGACAAAGAGAUGAUAUUGAAGCUUGGAAAAUUGGCCUUUGAGCACCUGAUGAAAGGCAACAUGAUCUUCUAUGAGAAUGAAUUGAAUGAGUACAAUAUCAACGUUAAUGAUGCUGCAAUAUAUUCAGGACUGUUCACACAGAUCUCAGAGAACGACUUCGGAUAUCAUCUGGAGAGGGUCUAUUGCUUUGUGCAUCUCAGCAUACAGGAGUUUUUUGCUGCAAUGUACAUUUUCCACACGUUUGUCUGCUUUAAUCAGAACUUGCUAGAACCACAAGAAACCACCACAGUCCAGGAGGCUCCUAGGGAUAUAACCAACCUUCUCAAGAGUGCAGUGGAUAAGGCCUUGCAGAGUGACAACGGACACCUAGAUCUUUUUCUUCGUUUCCUUCUGGGCCUCUUGCAGACAUCCAAUCAGACUAUGUUGAAGAGUGUUCUGACCACAAUGAGAAGCAGUUCACCAAGAAAUGAGGAAAUUGUUGAAUACAUCAAGGAGAAGAUCAGGCAAAAUCCCUCCCCAGAAAGAUGCAUCAAUCUCUUCCAUUGCCUCAGCGAGCUGAAUGAUGAGUCUCUUUUGGAGGAAAUCCAAAACUACCUGAGUGCUGGUAGUUUGUCGGAGACCAAAUUGUCACCUUCACAGUGGUCUGCUCUGGUCUUUGUGUUGCUGACCUCAAAGAAGGAGUUGGAUGAGUUUGACCUGAGAAAAUAUUCAAGAUCUGAGGAGGGUCUUCUGAGGCUGUUACCAGUAAUCAAAGAAUCCAAAGUUGCCUUGCUUAAAGAAUGCAACCUCACAGAGAAAUGCUGUGAAGCGCUUGGAGCAGUCCUAAGCAAUUCAUGUCUGAAAGAGCUCGACCUGAGUGAUAAUGAUCUGCAAGAUUCAGGAGUAAAACUGCUGUCUGCUGGUCUUGCAAGUCCAACAUGUCAUCUGGAAAAAUUGAGAAUGCCAUUCUGUGGAAUCACAGAGAUUGGCUGUGACUAUUUGGUGAGGGCUCUGAGGUCCAACCCCGAUCACCUGAAGGAACUGGAUCUGAAUUACAAUCAUCCAGGGAAACUGGGGAUGCAGCUGAUGUCCGGUGUACAAAAGGAUAUUGAACACCUCACUGUCAGCUUAAAUGGCAAUGCAGAGUGCUACUUAAAAUCAGCUCUGAAGAAAUAUGCAUGUCGACUUACUAUGGAGCUGAAUAGUGCCCAUUCACACCUGUCUUUUUCUGAAGACAACAAAAAAAUGACGCGCAUGGAAACCGCACAGCCAUAUCCUGAUAACCCAGAGAGAUUUACAGACUGGGGACAAGUACUUUGUAAAGAGGGUCUGUCUGCUCGUUGCUACUGGGAAGUAGAGUGGACUGGGGAAUGGACAGGCGUUGGAGUGGCUUAUAAAGGAAUCAGCAGGAAAGCAAAAGGUAACGAGUCUGUCCUUGGCUAUAAUGAUCAGUCCUGGAGUCUUCGCUACUGUAAUGGCAAAUACACCGCCUGGUACAAUAGGGAUGAUGCACCCAUAUCUGUACCCUACUUCAAAUCCAAAAGGGUUGGAGUGUUCUUAGACUGGUCAGCUGGCACUCUGUCCUUCUACGCUAUAUCGUCAAACACAAUGACUCACCUGCAUACGUACCACACUGAAUUCUCUGAGCCACUGUAUCCAGGCUUCAGGCUGGGAUUUGCAGAUUCUUCAUUAAUUUUGUGCCAGCCAGAAUAUCCUUAAAUACUGUUAAAUAUUCAGUGUAUAUGUUCAUAAAAUAUGUACAUAGAAUAAAUCAAGGAUGACAUUGAAAUUGGUAUUUCAGAUGGUCUUGAUCUAACAUGCUAUUUCCAUCUAUAUCAAUAGAAAUAUCAGUUAAUCAGUUACCUUAGUUGGAGCUUGCUCAGUUUAACUCUCUAAACUUUGUUGAAAUGUUUUCAAGAAAAACAAGUGAUUGGACUUUGUGAUUUAGAAUUUUUCAUCAAACAGUGUUGAUUGUAAAUAAGUGUACAUGCUUGUGUGUUGUAGCAGUUGGAAUAUCUUCCCCUUCGGAAAACUUUGUAUGUUCUUUAUCUGUACAGGAUAUGAUAAAUGACAUAGGACAAUAUAAAGUUACAAAACUACAAAUCAAUGUUAUGUAACCACAUUCAAAUAAACAAUUAAAUGUAAAUGCACCUUCAAAGUUGAUUUCAUUAGAUUAUUCUGUCAAGUUUAUUUUGUAGUUCAACUUGUGACAAAAGACUGUAUGUUUUGUAUAAGUUAAGUGUGAAAAACAGAUGUUAUGUAUUUUUUUUAAACAAAAGUGACCUAACAAUUUCAAAGAAACAGACACCAAAUAAUUUCUAAUAUUUAUUUUCUGUAAGGACUUAAUUUUUUUCAUGUUAAUUGCUUUUCAUGUUAAAUUGUAAUGCAUUUGAGUUGAAUGGCAGGACCGUCAUCAUUGGGCAACAGUUUGAGAAACUGUACAGUAGAAGUUGAACAAGCAUGUCAAGCCAAAUGUAAUAAAUAAACGAUUCAUGUCAAAAUA